ACUUGUGCUUCAGUUGCCAGGCGACCGCCGCGCCGCGAGGAUGUGUCGUUUGUUGCUCCCGCCUGCGCUGUCGUGGCUCGUGCCGCUGCCCCUGCUGCUGGUACUGGCAACUGAAAUCUGUGCGCUCCCCCCACCCAGGGAAAUCUCGCCGCGUAGAACCGCUUUCGGUGCAGUAUACCGAGUGAAUGAUGGUAGUGUUCGUGCAUAUGGACCAUCGCAGUGGCAUAAUCCUAUGUCAAAUGUUCCUGUGAGACAGUCUGCUACAGAAGAGAACUUCAGUCCAUCCAUCCACCCAUAUGCUUCAGGAGAUUUUCCAAGAUUUUCACAUGGUGCCGGUGGUAAUCCGCAUCCUCAACACAACCACGAGAAGAUAGUGAAUGCUAACAGUGGCGAGCCCCAAGGCACAGUGCGGAGAGAAGUCACCCCAAUAAGAGCAUAUGCUGAUUCAUCACAGGGACAGAGGAACUCAAUACUGAGAACUACAGCUAGUCCAGUCUUUCAAGACAGUGGAAUCCUUCGACGAACAAGUGAAAAUCACAGACCCGAUUCUCGUGCCAGUUAUCCAGAAACAGUUGACAGGAGAUCUGCUGGAGAUAUUGUAUUUCCUGAUAAGGCCCUGAAUUUCACUCCCAAAGAGGAUGUUAAGAACUGUUCUGAAGAUGGGACUAGUAUAUGUGACAAAAAUGUGCAAGAUUAUCCCUAUCAUUAUAUUGAAGAGGUUAUAUCAAACUCAGCUUAUGACUUCAGUAGCUACUUUCAAGAUGAUCAUAUUUAUGAGGACGUUGCAACAAGAAUUGAUGCAGAUGCCAAUGAUGACUCAGUAUGUGACUCUGAUGAGACUGUGCUGUACCCUAAGGUUGGCCAGAAUGCAGAUGAUCGAACAUUAUUCAUUGUUAAUAAUGAUGGAAACUACAAGCAAGGAGUUAGGGUAGAGAAAUGCAGGAGGAAGGAGCAGUCACCUUGUGAUCCAAAGCUGGUGGUUCCAACAGGUUUCAAAACACAUUGCAAACAGAAAUACAUAUAUAGGAAACUGCUAGCUUUGCAGCCAAAUGGUGAACCAGUACCUGACAAUUUCAGGAUUCCUUCAUGUUGUAGUUGCUAUAUUUCAAAGGACUUAGCAACUUUUAGAGGUUUAUUUGGCCCCAAGGACCAACAGCAAACACAGCAAACGCCAUCUGUAAGGCAGUGAGAAAAUCAAAUGGUAUUAUGCACUGCAAUGUAAUUGUUACUGGAAGGAGAAUCCAUCUCCUUGCACUAGUGUCUGCAUGCUUUACAGCCAGUCUGCCCAUUCUUCAAUGAAUUUGAAGUUAUAAAGAACCAAAAUGUUACUGUGGAAUUCACAAUUUUCUAUAAGAAAUCUUAAUUAUGUGUCUGCAGUGUUUCCAAAAACAUCACAAUGGAUUCAAAACAGAUGCAAUAAAGUUCUGCUAAGAAGAAAAUGAAUGUUACAUUCACUCAUGUUGUCCAGUACUUGAGCUGUGAUUCAGAGGAUAUUCAAAUAAACAGAGUUCAGAAAAUGUUGUUAUCAAAACAUUUCAGGUCACGAUCCAUUUACUUUUAUACAAAAACAACUUGAACAGUAUAGCUGGUGAUACUGUGUUACUGUCAUGUGUUCAAUAUUGUGUAAAACCGUUACACAUUUCAAUAAGGACGGGUGUCAUCAUAGACAUU